CUUUUAUAAAAAGAACAGCUUUCAAUGAACUCUCAUGUUUGUCUAGGCUAAUGGAAAAAUUUAAAAGUUGUUAUCUUAAAAUGCUCUAAUUUAUGAAAUUGAUGAGGAUUAAAGCCAUAGCUAGUUUUUGAAGCUGUUGUAGCACACAACAUGGUGAUAGACCUGACCGCUGACACAACUUCUGAGGAAGAGCAAACUUCUUAUCCCUUUAAGGCAAUUGGCACUUCGCUACGUACCUCGCAGCUACUUCUAACUGGCUUCACGCAACUAGGAGAAAGAAACAUCACAAACGGAAAGCGUGAAUUGUUUGCUCGAAAGCAGACCCGUGAAAGUCUUCUGGAACUGGACAUCCUCGCUGCAAGAUUCUCGAGUUCUGAAACAGAGACCUUCUACAGCACCCAAAAACGACGCCGGGAUGAAGAGGACUCCCCAGCAUCUUCGCUGCCCCCUCACCAUGGGUUAUCUCAGCAUUACUUGGUCAAUGAUGUCCAGAGAUGCAUGUCCGUUAUGUAUAUGAAAGCCAAAAAGGGCAAACGUAGCGCAACUAAACUUCCCCGUGCUACACGGACAUUUCGAGCUGGCAAGCCCGCGAACCACACGGCUCUCGACUUGCAAAAUCUUUAUAUCGAAAAACUUUUGUCAAUAGAUGGCCCCCCGGUCUAUUUUGCCUGCAAUCACGCAACCCGCGACGUUGAUUUCAAUUUCGAAUUCGUCAGUUGCUACAAAAUGCAUAAGGGUGUCACCCCAGUGGAUGCUAGUUUCCAUGCCGGUUGCAGCUGUUUCACAGAAAAAUGUGAUUUGAAUAUAUGCACUUGUCCUUCGCAAGAGGAGGGGUCGGACCAAAGAAUUGUGCCAUAUAAAGUUGGCGAUAAUGGCGCCGUUGUUUUACGAGAAGAUUUCAUGGAGCGAAAGUCCAUGAUCUAUGAGUGUUCUAUGUUGUGUAGCUGCAGCUCGACUUGUAUGAAUCGAGUUGUUGAGAGAGGACGAAAAGUCAGGCUUGAAAUAUUUGAAACUCGGAAUCGAGGCUUUGGGUUAAGAUCAAAGAAUUCUAUUCAAGCAGGCCAAUACAUUGAUUGCUAUCUUGGAGAAUUACUUACAAAAUCCGAAGCCGAUAAUCGGGAAAAGGCUAUCUCCAACAAAGCCAGUUACUUAUUUUCAUUAGACUUUCUCGUUGAUGAUGAGGAAGUGUAUGUAGUUGAUGGGCGGAAAUUUGGCUCUGUUACUCGGUUUAUGAAUCAUUCUUGCAACCCUAACUGCAAAAUGUUUCCCGUGUCCCACAAGCAUGCGGACCAGCGUAUAUUUGGUUUGGCUUUUUUUGCUUUAACUAAUAUACCAGCAGGUACAGAACUUACAUUUGAUUAUCAUCCUAAUUGGAAUCCAAUAAAGGAUGGAAAAGAUAUUGAUCCUGAUGCUGUCAAAUGCUUGUGUGAGGAAAGAAACUGUCGUGGUCAACUCUGGCCUAGUCAGAGAAAAACUUUGCAAGAAGACUAA